AUGGCGCCAAGCUUGGAGACAUCAUCCAAGGGUUGCUUGCCUUUGCCGCAGACUAGUCCUGUGAAAGUGCUCACAGGUACCAUUCAACGAUACCAGAAGGAGCGCCACUUGGUCGACCCAUUUGUCGAGACACCAUCAGAAAACAGUUCAGGCCCUGCGACGGGUUCAUUUCGCUCACCUGGCUGGCUGACAGGUGUUGCGGAGCAGGCCAUCGAGGGAUUGGCAUCGACGUCUGCAGCAUUUCUCAUUUCAAGUUCCCCAGUACAAUCCACCCACAGUCUCCCCACAUUCAUCCCGAUACCUAUUACGCCAACACGCAAACGAAACCAUGACCUACUAAAGACAGAACCAGAAUCAGCCAAGGAGAAAUUGUACCAGGAUGCCCUUCGUGGCGCUUAUGAUCGCGAAACUCACUACAAGAGUUCACUGGCUGGCAUGCAGUCUGCCGUAGUUCUGCAAUCCAUGUCCUGUGAUCGGCUCUCUAGUCAGCUUGCAGCACAAGAGGAGAAGAAAAAGAACAGUAAAAAAGGUGGUCAACUCGUUGGGGACGGGCUUCCAAGAUUGCUUACCAGUGAUGAAUUUCACCACCGUGUGGUUGAACAUCAAAGAGCUGCCGAGGAAGAGGAAGCAGGACGCGAAGCUCGCCGAAUGGAGAGAGAAGGGAGGACAGAAUUAUUAAAAUCGUGGAAAGAAGCGGAAGCUGCGCGGCUGGUGAGAAAUGAAGCGCGCAGAACAGCAUACAGAGAUCAAGUGAAGAUGUGGGAGGCAGAAAGAGAUCGAGCGAAGUUGGAAAGACAGAGACCAGCAUGGAACAAGCCAAAACUUGGGAAACUGGAAGCACCGCUGCCAAGGCCGACGCUGAAUGAUCCAGAGGCAUCUGAGGAGAGCCAACAAGACGGCAGUCAUGGUGAUGAGGAAGGCGCUGAUGAGAAUGACGGCGAUGAGUCUGAUGGUGGGAGUGAAUAG